UUUCUUUUUCUUCAUUAACUUCUUUGGCUUAUUUUCAGCAUCAAGCAUAAAUUUAAAAAAAUGUUUCCAUAUUGUAGUGACAAUCAGAGGUCCAUUGCGGGGGAAUUCGUUCACUUCAAGUUGUAUCCAACACACCAAUAUUUUGAAUUUAAGAAUCAAGAAACUGUUGGUUCUGGAUAUAACGUUUGUUUUCACUCACUCUCAAAUUUCUGUCUCGUUUUUCAGACAAUCGUAGACUUGGUUACACAAUUUUGAAACACCUUUGACAAUAACAUCUAAACAUUAAAAACUAGUCUCUUAUUAUUUUAUAUGCGACUGUACAGCCAGAUUUUAAUGAAAUUCCCUUACGUUUAACAAUAGCUUACCAUGGUGCUCACCAAAAUAAUAUCACCAGUUGCAGUUUUUCUAAUUGUGGUCGAUUCUUCGCCUUUGUUGAUCAGCCACAGAUUGUCUUGGGUUACUGUGUAAAUGACUUACUAUCAACGAGUUUGGAUGAAAAUAAUUUCAAACCAUCUUUAUCAUCUCAUUGUCAAACAUCUAGUUUGUUGUCAGAUGAAAUUAUUAACAAUACAGAAUCAUUAAAUUUAUAUGCAAAUCUUACAGAUAGUAGUAAUAACUGGAAAAUAUUAACAUCAGAACUGCUACAUGGUGAUGCACUACAUGUAAAUAUGAAGCCAAUAUUUCGUAUAAAAACUAACGGAGAUGUGAUUAGUAUGACUUUUGCCUCUGGGGAUAGUGCAUUUUGUCGAUUGCCCCACCGUGCAAAUAAGCGUAGAUCGUCUAUUGUUCGUGAAUCACAAGUCUCAUUAUUACUGUUGGGUUUAGCUUCUGGUGUGAUUGAAGUUUAUAAUGUAUUUAGUCUAGUAUCAAGUUCUCCACAUAUCCCCAAAUAUGUCUUGACAGAUGAUUGUACCCUUGUAUAUCUCCUCUCAGCUGCUAUAGACGGAAGUCUUCGUGUUGGUUCCGUACAUCGUGGUGGUGAAGUGAGAUUAUGGGAUCUAUGGGAUGAUGGUAAUAUGUACGGGAAAUUACAACAUAAAUUCACUAUUCCAACAGAUCAACCAUGCAGUGAAAUUCAAGGUGAAGCAUGUACAUUUGCUUGGCAUCCAUGCGGAAGGCAUGUAUUCCUAGCUGGUGAAAGAGGUCAUGGUGUUGUACUCGAUGCUGAAUCUCCUUUUUCUCGAGUCGCCUACAUACGAUCUGGUCAUUAUCAUCGAAUAUCAGUUGCAAAAUUUUCAAAAGAUGGUAGUUUAUUAAUUACUGCCUCUUAUGAUUCAUGUUGUGCUGUAUGGUCUGUACCGGAAUAUCAAUGCUUACAUCGUUUCUGGCAUAUGGGACGUGAACCCAGUAUUCCUCUUCGUGGUGGAUCAAAUGGUCAUCAUAUAUACGGUUUAUCUCUGUCCCCAGAUGAUUUUUACUUUAUUACCGUUUGCGAAGAUAGAUGUAUUCGUUUGUGGCCAUUGGCUCCUGUCAAUUCUCCAUUGAAGAUCUAUUUCGAACUUGCACUCCAAACUCAUACUAAUCUUAAAUUUCGCAGCUUAGCUUUCAGCCCAUGUGGUCGUAUAGUUGCUGUUACUACGAAUAAUCACGAUGUACUUCUAUUUACAACGCGAUCUGAAUCAAUUCGUCUUGGUACACAAUGUCUUCAUGCAAUCCGAAAAUGUGUUGUUGAAAAUAUUUUGAAGAAAACUAUGCGUCGCUCAAUUAAAUAUCAAUAUCAUAAUAAUGAUAGUAAUGAUAUGUCACUGACAACUAGCAAUAACAAUUACAAUACAUUGUUUCAAAAUUGCAUUUUACAAAUCCACUUACCAUCCCCAGUGAAAAAAGCAAUUUUAAGGAAUUUUGUAAAUUGAUAUUUAAUGUUAGGAAGACGGAAAAAAAGAGGUGGAAAUAACAGUGAUUGUACUAUGGUGACAUGUAUAUGUAUGUUGCUUAAAUGAACUCAUUUGUUCCGUUUAUAUUUUCGCUUUGCUUUAUUACCCUUGUUUUGUUGUAGUUAUCUAUUGAAACAAUUACUUUUUUUAAAAUAUUUGUUUCGUUUCACUGAAUCGAGUAACUUUUUAUUUAUAAUAUAAAAACAAUUUAGCAUUUCUAUGAUGUGGACAAACCCUACUCUUUGUAUCUGUGCUCCUUACCCCUAAAACUAUGUAAUUGAACUUAUGAAUGUGCAUGUUCUUUUAUAGUAUGUAAUAUAUAUAGUUUUAAUCUUAUUAAAAUAUGAUAAAUGUACUUGAUUCUGAUUGGCUUGAAAAUAUUGUCAUACAAUUGACCUUUUGUGUAGGUGGAUGGAUGGACUGACAGCAGGUUAUCAAGCAACUAUUAUCGAAUAAAACGAUCAGAGAUUUUCGAAUUGUAAAAUUUCUUGUUUUAGUUCUGUGUAUAUACUGUGUGGA